AUGCCGUUGUCCAGGGUGUUCCAACAGGACAAUGACCCAAAGCACACUAGCAAAAAGGCAAAGAAUUGGUUUGAGGAACAUAAAGUGAACGUUAUGGAGUGGCCAGCACAGUCGUCAGAUCUUAACCCAAUCGAGAAUUUUCGGGCUGACGUAAAGGAGGUGGUUGCUGCUGCCAAACCCACCACGAAGGAAUCACUUUGCAACGUAGUUAAGGAGACAUGGUGCGAAAUUCCCCUAAAGCGAUGCUAUGGAUACGGUGGAUACGGUGGAUACGGAGAAUACGGUGGUGAAUUAUACAACAACGGAUAUGGAAACAACUACUACAGUGACGAAUCUAUAACGUCUAUGGAAGAAGAUCCCAGUUAUAAUUCAUACAACAAAGAGUAUGGAUACGGUGGAUACGGAGGAUACGGUGGUGGAUUAUACAACAAAGGGUAUGGAUAUGGAAAUAGCUACUACAGAGACAAAUCAAAAACAGCCAUGAAAGAAGAUCCUAGUUAUAAUUCAUACAGCAAGGCAUAUGGUUAUGGUGGAUACGGUGGAUACGGUGGUGGAUUAUACAAAAAAGGGUACGAAUAUGGAAACAACUACAGCGACGAAUCAAAAAAAGCUGUAAAAGAAGAUUCCACAUUUCUUCAGUAA